AUGGCCGUAGAGUCACCCCCCACCACUAUCGAGGCAGCAUCAAUCACUACCACAGCAACAGAUACCCUCAACUUGUCCGAUGCCCUGGUUGCCAUCGGAAACGACGUCCUCACCAACGGGCCCUCAAUCUCCACCGCCCUCGACCACUCCUCCGGCACCGGCACCCCCUCCACAGCCUCUGUCGCCGACUCUGACGAGAAACUCUCCUUCCGCGACAACGAGACCGAUACUGAUAACGAAGAUUUCCAUGAUGCGUUUGAUGAUCUUCCCGCGGCCAAGAAGCUCCAGCAUCGGUUGUCCAAGUACACGCCCCAGGUCCGCCAGACCGAGGAGUGGGAGCAGAUCAUGCAGGAUUGGGAUCGCGUCAUGGCCGAGAAGCGGAUCCGGGAUGCGAAAUUGAAUUUGGUGGAGCAGGAGAAUAAGCGCAUGAAGGCGCAGUUGAUGGAUUCUGAGGCUGCAAGGGUUGAGAAUGAGAAGGAGAGUGCAGCCAGGAUUGCCGAGCUGGAGAAGGUUAAUGGAGAGUUGGCGGGGAAGUCCAAGGACCCGGCCAAGGAGAAGGUUGCGUUGCAGAACCAGUUGGAGGAAGCUGAGGCGGAGAAAGAGUUGUUCAAGCUGAUGUUGGAGGAAACAGAGGGGGAGAAGAAGAGGGUCGAAAUGAAGUUGUCCCAGGCUGACAAGGAGAAGGCUGCGUGGGCCAAGCGGUCGGAGAAACUGAAGGCAGUCAAGAACAGGUUAAAGCUCAAGGCUGCCCAGUUUGAGCUCCUUUCGACGUCGACCUCGUCCCUCCUUGCCCAGGGUCUAGAGACCGGUGCUCGGCCCGACAAGGACCGUCUGCGGUUGAUGGAUCAGGUCACCAGUCUUGAGUCUGACCGUUCUCGUCUCGCCGCCAUGGUUAAGAACACUAUGAACUCUACCACCGAUCUCUCGUCCGAACUUUCGUCCACAGGAGUCGAUGUCUCCACCCUUUCCAACCAGGACCUCAUCAACGAGAACCGGCGUCUGGACAAUGCCCUCCAGAUGGCCAGAGUCGAGUGCUCGCUCCUGCAGCGCCGUAUCGAGGCCUUUGAGGUCACCCUGCACGAUGUCCGUGUCGCCCUGACCAACUCAGAGGCCCAUGCUGAAUCUUUGGAGAUGAAGAAGUAUGAUCUCCAGGACAAGGUCGCUGCCCUCGAGGGCAACCUCGACCGCGCCCGGAUUGAGUCGACAAAGUACCAGGCCCUGCAUAAGGAACUGCUGGAGAAGAAUGAGAAGCUGGACAGGGAAAUGAACGUCGUCAAGGCGCGCUUCGAGGCCAAGGACCGCGUCCUGAUCACCACCCAGAAACAGCUCACGGCUGCCAAGACCGAUGGGGGGUUGUUGAAGACUAUCCGGAGGGAGCUCGAGUCUGUCCUGUUUGAUUACAAUACGGUCGUGCAGCACUUUAUGGAUAUCCAGGUCCAGGCGAUUGGGGCCAAAUCGUUGGCGAAUUCGCUUAAGCGCAAGAACAAUGAGCUCACGGUCCAGUUGACACACUACCGGUCCAUGCUGCUCGGUAUCAAGUCGUUUAACAACAACGAUCCGAUCAAGUCUCCUACUGUUACGACGUUGCGGUCCGAGUUCCGAGUCCUGAUGGAGAAGAUCCAGGAGGAGCACAAUAACCAGGUCGACAAAGAGCGCAUCGAUCGGUCCAAGGCCCAGGAUUGGAACCGCAAGCUGAGGAUGGAGAAGGACUUCAUGAAGCUCGAGUUGCAGAACCAAGUCGAGAAGUGGAGACGGGUUUCGGUCUAUUGGGAGGACAAGUGGCGCAAGACGGCGAAUGAUCUGCAUGAGGCUGUGACCAGUGGAGCGUCGUCCGAUAUGUUGUUUGAGAUUGCAUCGACGAACCCGAGCCUUUUGCAGUCGACUGGUACGAUUACCAAUGGGCAUGUUGUGGGAUCUUCGGCCCCUACUUCAACGGCCACGUCGCCCAGGACCAGCCACACCUUGAGCGCUGCCGGCGCUCAAGCCAAACGCCUCUCACUCGCCAUUUCAACUUCCAGCAUGGCCAACUUGAUUAGCGGCGUCGGCAGUUCAAACACCCCAGUCGAGCCACCCAUGACCCCAUCGGCCAUGAAGCAGCAUAUAUUGGAGAGCAAAGCGCGAUCCAACGGUGCAGUCGCUAACGGACUCAACCGCCACAGCGGCGGCUCCUUCUUCCACAACCAAACUUCCACCCCCUCUUACCUCUCUGCGCCCGUCACCAACGCCAACGGCGUCGUCACCUCCAUCUCCUCCCCGCCUCUCGCCUCCUCGAAUCAACCCUCGACCGCCACCCUUGCUGUCGGAGCUAUCACAGAAUCGUUCACGGAUCUGGUCUCGACCGUCAAACCCUUCUUGAGCAGGACUGUCUCCUCAACCGCCAAUGGCAUCAGCGCCACCACCAGUUCUCUUGUUGGAGGUGUCGGAACCGGCCGUGGUGGAUCAUCAUCACUCAAUAACAAUAACCCCUCAUCGAGAUUGGCGGCCGCGGCUAGUCUACGAACCCCCAUCGCUGCAGGUUUGCCAUCGAAUGUGAAGGGUACAGGUGCGAUGGGCAACACUGCGGUAUCAAAGACGUCGGUUCGGUCCAGGACCAUGGCGACGUCGGUGAUUGGAAGCGCGAGGACGAAUGCGCUGCUGACGGGUGGUGGGACGGUUGUGGUGACUGAGGAGAGUCGGGAAGCGCAGACGAGGGCGAACAGUAGUAUCUCGAGCGUUUCUAGGAAUGUGGACCAGGCGUUGAGUGAGUCUGAUCGUCUGAAGGCCGAUGUCCGGAGGAUGUUGAACCGUUAG